AUGCUUUCGCCGCUUGAAGAGUCUAUCAAUGCUUGCCCUCCAGAAUCACCUAUUCUUUCAAACUUACAAAUGAUUAAUCGAAAUGCCCAUCGACUACUUAAACUUGUUAAUACAUUGUUACAGUUUUCACGAAUCGAAUCGGACAGAUUUGAAGCGCAAUUUCGGGAGACUGAUAUUGUGAAAUAUACUAUGGAAUUAGCUUCAAGUUUUGAAAGCAUGGCAGAAUCGUUAAAGCUAGAAUAUGUUAUUCAAAUUUCAAAAGCAAGUCAAUCUCGUAGUUAUGAAGGUACCGGCAUAGGACUUGCACUUGUAAAGGAGCUGGUACUGAGACACGAUGGUGAAAUUUCCGUGCAUUCAGAAGUUAAUAAGGGUACUACUUUCCGUGUAUCACUGCCGACGGGUUGGGCACAUUUGCCUGAAAAACAAGUAUAUUUUGAAGAUAAUGAACAUGAAAUAAAUUCAAUGGAAAAAUGUCUAUUUAAUGGACGUGAUCUCUAUCUUGAAGAAUCGCAUCAAUGGAUACAAAAUGAUCCCGAUAGUGAACCUGAUUUAACUAAUGAUGAUAACGCGGAUGACGCCAUAGAUUUAGAUUGUUUGGACACCUUUAAAAAUUCGGUGUCGGAGAGUAAAAAGGCCGAUAUUCAAAACAUAAUUUUUCCUUCACUGUAUGACGACGUAUCGAAUGCACAUAAAUUUAUUUACCACAUUCUUGUUGUCGAUGACAAUACGGACAUGAGGAAUUAUCUCUAUGGUUUGUUACAAAAGGAAUUUAAAGUAUACAGCGCUUGUGACGGUCGAGACGCUUUAAAGAUAUUGAGGAAACUGCAAAAGCUACCUGACUUGAUCUUAAGUGAUGUUAUGAUGCCAAAUAUGAACGGCUUGGAAUUAUUAAAGACACUAAGAUCUAAUCCAGUGACCCAGCUAAUUCCCAUGAUCUUUUUGUCUGCUAAAGCGGAUGAAGAUGCUAGUGUAGAAGGAUUGGAGCAAGGAGCGGAUGAUUAUUUAAUUAAACCAUUUAGUAUUAAGGAUCUAAUUGUUCGAAUUAAAGCUAAUAUUAAACUCUCGCAUCUUCGUCAACAACUUUUGCUGCAACAGAAACAACAAUCAGAGACCCGAGAGUUAUUAUUCUCAAUAAGUGAUAAGAUUCGCUCUGGACUUAAUAUAGAAAAAACACUAUCAAUGGCUAUUGAGGAAAUUUGUAGAAUAUUAUCCUGUGAGAGAAUAUUUCUUAUUAAAAUUGAUUCUACUAACUCGGGUGAAGGUCGUAUAGUUGCUUUCUCGGCCUCCGAUCCAAAUGAACAAAAUUUAGCGGGAAGAUCUGUGCCAUAUUCAUUCAACAACGAAAAAGAUAUCCAGAAGUUAUUUUUAAAAUAUAAUAUUACUGAUACAGGUAGCGAGGCAGUUGGAAAGCUUCAAGAUGUAUUAAUGAAUAAUAAUGAAUAUAUAGUUAUGGAAAAUUCCUAUUCUAGAGCAGUUGGCCGCCACGCUUCUAUCAUUGCUAUGCCAAUUAAAACAAACUCAUCAGCAUGGGGGUGGAUAGUUGUCAAUAGGGCGCCAAAUAGAACUUGGUUGGAUUCAGAGAAAGUCUUUAUUCAACAAAUUUCAAAUCAAAUUGGCCUGGCGAUAACACAUGCAAUACUCAUGGAAGAAAAAUUAAAAAAGGAGGCUCAGAUGGAAGCUGCGAAAGCAGCUAAUGAAGCUAAAGGACAAAUUUUAGCAAAUACUUCUCAUGAACUUCGAACACCGUUGGGGGCAAUAAUAGGGUUAUUAUCAGCAUUUGAAAAUACUCCUUUAACUAAAGAUCAGAAAGAAAUGGUUCAAAUAAUGACACGUGCAUCAGACGUUGUUCUUUCUGUGAUUAACAACAUCCUUGAUGUAGCAAACCUUGAGGCGCAGAAGAUUACACUUAUUAAUAGAAACUUUGAUCUACUUCAAAUCCCGAUAGGUAUGGAUAAUUAUUCUAUGCAUGAUAUUACAUUUGACGAAGCAUUAUUUAAUAAGGACCCCAUAACUAGGUUACAGCAAGUUCUAAUAAAUUUGUUGUCUAAUUCUAUAAAAUUUACAAAAACUGGGGAAAUAGUUCUUAGGGUUUUGAUGGCUUCGUCCGACGAAUCCAUGAUUAAGGAUAGCACAAAAAAAAACACGAUAUAUGUGGAAUUGAUUGAUACUGGUGUUGGUAUUGAUCCCAAAUUCAUGAAAUAUAUAUGGGAAAGCUUUUCGCAGGCGGAUGCCACUAUAACUAGACCUCAGGACGGCACAGGAUUAGGUCUUUCAAUUUGCAAACAUCUAGUAUCCAUGAACGGAGGCAAACUAGGAGUCACAAGUGAAUUAGGAAAAGGAAGUCGAUUUUGGUUUACUUGGAUCGUCGAGCUGUUACCUGUCAAUCAAUCAAACUUAGUUUUCCCUCUAAACGCACGAUCAAAACGUGUUCUUGUUAUUGAUCCUAUUCAUGUGGCCCGUAACACUUUGGCUAAGUUAAUAGGAAGUCAUGUUAAACAAGUUGAUGCAUUCGGCACCGUUGAAGAGAGUAUUGCAUCUGCAAAAAUGUGGAAAGAACAACAUGAUGAAAUAUAUGACCUUCCAAUAAUGUCAGGAUAUGAUGCUUCGAGAGUCAUAAGAGCAAUGAAAUCACCGGUAUCGCAAAUACCGAUUAUUGCGCUAACGGCAUCAGCUAUUCAAGGUUCAAGAGAGAAAUGCCUCGAGUCAGGGAUGAACGAUUUCCUCACAAAACCGUUAAAAAUACCACAACUUAAAGAAACGUUAAAUAAAUGGCUAGAAGAUA